AUGAGUAGGUCCAGAAGUUAUUUCCUGUUCAGGGACAACACCGUCAAUGAGCCCGGAGGAUCUUGCGAAAACCAAUCGCCCGGCUGUAGUGAUGACGAAUUCGCACAGCUUACAAAGGUUAAGUCCGCCCCACACGAGCGCCUGGCCAAGGUGCUGCCCGGAAGGGCCAAAUUACCGGUUUCGCCUGUGAAUAUGCUUGUGGGCAGGGAAUGCAAUUACAGUGGGAGAGGGAGAUUUUCGUUAUCCGACUCGUGUCACGUGCUGAGCCGUUACUUGCCCAUUCACAGUCCUUCAGUUGUUGAUAGGAUGAACAGCUGCGCAUACGUAUCUCAGUUUUCCGACGAUGGGUCUCUCUUUGUGGCUGGGUUUCAGGAAAGUCAUAUCAGAGUAUAUGAUGUCGAUAUGGGAUGGAAAGUGCGUAAAGACAUACGUGCAAAGAGCUUGAGGUGGACUAUUACCGAUACAUCUCUUUCACCAGAUCGCCGUUUUCUUGUUUAUUCCAGUAUAUCACCUGUCGUCCAUAUCGUUGAUGUUGGAUCAGCUACAAAGGAAUCUCAUGCAAAUGUGACGGAAAUUCAUGAAGGCCUGGAGUUCUCAUCUGAUGUUGAUGAUUAUAACAACAGUUAUUCUUUUGGCAUUUUCUCUGUUAAAUUCUCUACUGACGGGCAAGAACUUGUAGCUGCCAGCAGUCGUGGAUCAAUAUAUGUCUACGAUCUCGAAUCAAAAAGAUUAAGUCUCAGAAUCCCAGCUCAUCUGUCAGAUGUCAAUGCCGUAUGCUUUGCCGACGAGAGUGGCCACAUCAUAUAUUCUGGCAGUGAUGAUCACCUCUGCAAAGUUUGGGACAGACGUUGCUUUAGGUCUAGCGGUCAAGCUGCUGGAGUUCUAAUAGGACACUUAGAAGGAAUUACAUUCAUUGAUUCGCGUGGAGAUGGCCGUUACUUCAUCUCGAAUGGAAAAGAUCAAGCCUUGAAACUUUGGGAUAUAAGGAAAAUGUCAUCUAAUGUCAAUUACACCCCAAGACGGCGCUAUGCAGAAUGGGACUACCGAUGGAUGGACUAUCCAGAAGAGGCGAGAAAUUUGAGACAUCCUGGUGACCUGUCACUGGCUACAUAUAGAGGCCAUUCUGUCUUGCGCACCCUCAUACGCUGUUAUUUCUCGCCGGCCUAUAGCACUGGGCAAAAGUAUAUAUACACAGGAUCAUCGGAUUCCUCCGUUUAUGUUUAUGAUGUGUUGAGUGGUGAUCGAGUGGCAAAGCUCGAAUACCAUGAGGAUGUCGUACGUGACUGCAAUUGGCACCCGCACUUCCCAAUGAUUGUAAGCUCCUCGUGGGAUGGAAUGAUCGCCCGUUGGGAAUUUCCAGGCAAUGGUGAAAACACAGUGCCUGUUAAGCAAAACAGAAGGAGAAGGCGAUUUUUGUACUGA